AUGCUUGAGCUCAUGACGGGUCGUCACGUCUCCACCAAUUCUCUCGACAUUCUCUCCAAUGAGGAGGCGGGUCAGCAGCUGCAUAUCAUCCCCUGGGUCCAGCAGCAGCUGGCUCAAUCGGGCCUCAGCGAGGCAGUGGCAGGCCUCAAGGACGCGCGCAUGGAGGCGCGGGAUGAGUUGGUGUUGAGGGUGGUGCAGCUGGCACUGCGGUGCACAUCUAAGCAGAGUGCCGUGCGGCCGGCCAUGGGGGUGAUUGCAGCCGAGCUGGAGGCCGUGCUGGUGGCGCUGGGCGGCUCACGCAGCAACUCUGCAGCCCGGCAGGUGGACCUGCAGGUGGAGUCACGGAGGACGGCAGAUCCGGAUGUGGAUGCGGAGUUUGCGCGCCUGGAUGCCUUAAUUGAAGGCGACUGA